CAGGUGUGCAGGAAUCAACUAAUCCAGUAAUCGACUAAUCUCUUUCGAAUCGUAUCGCGACUAGAGAGAAGAUUUCUGAAUGCUUUCUCGCUUUUAGUAAAGGUGUAUGCCUCUAUUUUUCUCUGAUAAUCGUCAAGUUUAUUGGUAUUCAGCUGUACGAUAAAACACUCGACGAUAAUUUUUUGUCCCCGAAAUCAAGAAUAACGGAUAAUCAGCUUUUCGUUCGAUUAGUCGAAGCCGAUUCCUCGAUCGACCGACCGAUCGACCGACCGACCGACCGAACGACCGACUAGAACGAUGAAAUACCUGUAACGUUAAUAUUAAAUACCUCUGAAACUAUCAAAAUUAACCGAUAUUUACCAGUAUUAUCGUUUAAUUAUAUCACGAGUAAUCGCGACGCGGGCGCGGCGUGCAGCUGAUAGAUCUGAUUGUGAGAUCACGGUGCGGCAUACACGUAAUUAGUUGAUUACACCAAUCAAAGGGAACAGGCAGGCUAAGGAGCGAACAAGGAAGCUGACAAAUUAAAUCCAACCAACGAACGGAUAAACAAAUAUUUCUUGACAAAUAUUUAAUAUGAGACACAAUCAAAUGCUACGCAUUUUGUUAAUAUUCUGUUGGUUUUUACCAUUAUCGCAUAGUAGUAGAGAAGAGUAUCGUUGCGUAUGGUAUGGAGACUGUGGCCCUUCGUUCGAAAAGCCAAACUUGAAUUAUACGUGUGCCUCCGAUGAUCCUCCUAGUCGAAUCAACGAUACCAAAGUCGCGAUGCUUUUGCGCGAUAAAUGCCCGCAAUACUUUAAAGACACCGAUGAUCCGAGAUUAUGUUGCGACGUUACCAAUAUUAGAACGCUGCUUAGUCAGAUGAAUAUGAUCGAGGGGAUUUUCGGCAGGUGUUCAACAUGCGUGAAAAAUGCGUACAAAUUAAUAUGCGAUUUAAGCUGUAGUCCCGAACAGAGUAGGUUCAUCAAAGUUACAAAAACUGAUAAAAAUAACGAAGGCAAGGAAUACGUGAAAGAAAUCGAGGUUUAUAUCGCGGAAGAAUACAUGAAUACUACUUUCGACUCUUGCAAAAACAUAGUUCAUCCAGCUAGUGGAAAUUUAGCCAUGGAUUUGGCUUGUGGUAUUCACGGAGCCAGUUGGUGCACAGCGGAAAAGUGGUACCAGUAUCAAGGUGAUGUGGAUGCGAAUGAUUUUGUAACUUUCGGAAUGCAUUUCAUAUCCAAUACCACGAAUCGUUGGAACGAAUCGGUAAAAUCAUGUAACGAAGCGUACGAUGGCUUGUCGGCGUGUAGCUGCGUCGAUUGUCCAGCAGCCUGUCCUUUCACAAAAAUUGAACGAGACGAUACCCACUUUACUAUUUUCGGAUACAACGGCUAUGGAGUUUUAGCAGGAAUUCUAGUUACUCUAUUCAUCUUAUCAACGGUAAUCGUUUACAGACUUGCCAGAAGAAGACCUUGUUGUUCAGGUACUUUGGCUGACGACGCCGACGUCGACGAUAAGAUAGAGGAAUCGAAAUCAAAUUGGCGCGAAACUUUUCACGAUACGUUUCGUGUGUUUUUCUUUGUUUGGGCCAAAGCGUUCGCAAAGUAUCCGGUCAUAGCACUAUUUACGAUUUCGUAUGUAAUAUUGGGACUGAGCUACGGCAUUACUCGGCUUUCCGUAACAAGCGAUCCGAUUGAAAUUUGGGCGGCGCCCUCCAGCAGAUCAAGAAUCGAGAAAGAUUAUUUCGAUUCACAUUUUCAACCUUUCUACAGAACGGAACAGAUUUAUAUAAAAUCGGUGGGACUCGAUAAGGUGCUGCACAACACAUCGAACGGGCCUCUUGAAUUUGGUCCCGUCUUUGCUAAGGAAUUUUUACUCGCUGUAUACGAUCUUCAAAAUAAAAUUCUCCAACUUGGACAAGACGUUGGAGAAGGAUUGGAACGCAUUUGCUAUGCUCCAGUUCGGAGUGAUUUUACAGGGCCCACUACUUUGAAUCUUUGCACCGUUCAAAGCGUUUGGGGAUAUUUUCAAAACGAUCUCGAAACUUUUAAUCGAACGACUGUUUCCGGUCCGUACGAAAGAAAUUAUUUGGAUCAUUUGUACGAGUGCGCGCAAAACGCGUACAAUCCUGGCUGCAUGGCACCGUACAAAGGACCAGUCGUGCCUGCGAUAGCCUACGGAGGAUUUCUUCGAGACAACAAGUUUCUUUACGAUUCGAAAGAUUACAUAACGGCAACCGGAUUGGUUUUAACUUUUCUAGUAAAAAACUCGUUAAACGAAUCUGCACUCGAAUCGACACACAAAUGGGAACAGCGGUUUCUCGAUUUCAUGAAAGAAUGGGACGUUAUCGAUCGUCCGAAAUUUAUGGAUGUCGCGUAUAGUAGCGAAAAAUCGAUUCAGGACGAAUUGGAGAGAUCGUCGAGAGCAGAAGUAUCGACAGUAGUUUUCAGCUACGCGUUAAUGUUUGUUUACGUUACCGUUGCUCUCGGUAAAAUAAGCUGUAGCUUCAAAGGAUACUUUACAAACAGUAAAAUGAUGCUCAGUAUUGGCGGAAUAAUCAUAGUAAUGGCGUCCGUAGCUUGUUCCCUCGGUGUAUUUGGCUACAUCGGAGUACCCACGACGUUACUUACCAUCGAGGUAAUUCCAUUUUUGGUACUAGCCGUGGGCGUGGAUAAUAUAUUUAUAUUGGUCCAAAGGCACGAGAGAAAUCCAAAACGUUUCGAAGAAUCGAUACCCGAUCAUAUCGGAAGAAUUAUGGUCGAAGUUGGUCCGUCGAUUUUGCUUACCAGUACUUCCGAGUGUCUCUGUUUCUUGAUCGGAACACUGUCUACGAUGCCGGCUGUAAAUACUUUUGCGCUUUACGCGUUUUUUUCCAUCCUAAUUAAUUUUUUCUUACAAAUAACAGCUUUUGUCAGCCUUUUGUCAUUAGACGCUCAAAGAUCCGAGAAUAAUUUAUUGGAUGUGUUUUGUUGCGUGAAAAUGAAGGAAAAGCAGUUGGAAACCGAUCGGAAUCACAGUUUAAUACAAACGAUAUUUAAACGUUUUUAUACGCCUUACCUUAUGAAGACACCGAUCAGAAUAAUCGUAAUAAUCGUAUUCUCCGUGGUCCUAGUCGUACACGCCGUAACGAUACCAAAUAUAAGUAUCGGUUUGGAACAACAGUUGUCGAUGCCCACAGAUUCUUACGUGUUGAAAUAUUUCCAAUUUAUGGAGGAUCUAUUGUCGAUGGGUCCCCCUGUUUACUUUGUUCUAACUCCCGGGCUGAAUUAUAGCAAGAAAGAGGUUCAAAAUAUAAUUUGCGGCGGUCAAGAAUGUAAUACCGAUUCUCUUUACACGCAAAUCUACUCUGCAUCGAAACAACCUGACGUUUCGUAUUUAUCGAAAGCAGCUUCCUCCUGGAUAGACGAUUACAUAGACUGGUCAACGAUUCCCCAAUGUUGCAUGUAUUUUCCGAGCAAUCAAUCCUUUUGUCCUCAUUGGAAUGUUGACACGUGUAAAGAGUGCGACAUUCGAAAAACCGACUCUCGACCAGACGCAAACAGUUUUCGAAAAUACAUACCGUAUUUUCUGGAAGACAUACCGGAUGAAAAUUGCGCGAAAUCUGGUCGGCCAUCGUAUCUCGAUGGAAUUAAUUACUACGUUGAUAAAUAUGGACUGACCGAUGUUGGCGACAGUUACUUUAUGGGUUAUCAUACUCCGUUAAAGAAAUCGUCGGAUUGGUACGAAUCCCUAAAGUCCGUAAGAACGAUAGCGGAAAACAUCACAACGAUGAUAAAUAACAAAAGUUUAACCGAUCAGAAGAUAACUGUAUUUCCAUACAGCGUAUUCUACGUCUAUUACGAACAAUAUCUCACAAUCUGGCAAGAAACUUUAUCAUCGUUGGGCUUCUCUCUCCUCGUCAUUUUUAUCGUGACAGCGUUUCUCACUGGACUCUCGUUAUUCUCGGCAGUAAUGGUGGUACUGACGGUACUCAUGAUCAUCGUAAACAUAGGAGGACUCAUGUAUUGGUGGAAUAUCCAAUUGAACGCGGUAUCUCUCGUCAAUUUGGUAAUGGCCGCUGGUAUUUCCGUAGAAUUUUGCAGUCAUAUCAUACAUUCGUAUUUACAUUCCACGGCAAGUACGAAAAUCGAUCGAGCCUCGGAGACUCUUAACGAAAUGGGAAGUUCCGUUUUCUCUGGAAUUACUUUAACCAAGAUCGUAGGAAUUAUAGUAUUGGCAUUUGCCAAAACUCAAAUCUUUGAAAUAUUUUACUUUAGAAUGUAUUUGGCUAUCGUGGUGUUUGGCGCCACGCAUGGUCUUAUAUUUUUGCCCGUAUUACUGAGUUUCAUAGGUCCCAAAGGACAUACAAGACGUAAAUAACAAAAGUUGAGAACUACGAAUAAUUUUUGUCUAAUAAUUUACCAUUUACCAUUUCGCUUGGAAGAUGAAAUUACGAUUGGUUAAUAUCUACUAUACUUUGGUAUCGUAGGUCGUAGGUAUACAUAUGUACAUGUACAAGUAAAACAACCGACACCGAUGUAAUAUAAAGCAUUCGCAACAAAUAUACAUACAUAUAUUCCUAAAAAUUUCUCUGAAAAAUAUGUCUUUCAUUUGAUAAAUGUAACGCAUAAAUUAUUUAACAACAACUCUGAAAUAUCCGUGAAUAAUCUUAUUUACGAUGUUAAUCGAGUAAAAGCUACGAAAUACAUAUACAUAGUAAUUU